GAGCGUGCUGAGAGAGGGAGGAGGGAGCAGGGGCUGAGCUGAUCCCACGUGUGACGCUUUCAUUCCCGGCUCAGUAAUAUUCUCAUAGCGGGGCUUUGCAUAUCUCCUGCCCUAUCUGUGUGUGUCUGUCACUGUUACUGUAGUCCCAGCCUCUAUAGUUUGGAAUAGAUAUGGAAGGAGACGGGAGUCAAGCCACGUCCGGAAGCCUAAAUGAUUCACAACAUGACCCGGGUAAAAUGUUUAUCGGUGGCCUCAGCUGGCAAACCUCACCAGACAGCCUUAGAGACUAUUUUAGUAAAUUCGGAGAAAUAAGAGAAUGUAUGGUGAUGAGAGACCCCACGACAAAACGUUCAAGAGGAUUUGGGUUUGUUACGUUUACAGAUGCUGCCAGUGUAGAUAAAGUCUUAGCUCAACAGCACCAUGAAUUAGACUCAAAGACGAUUGAUCCUAAGGUUGCCUUUCCCCGUCGCGCCCAGCCUAAGAUGGUCACAAGAACAAAGAAAAUAUUUGUGGGUGGCUUGUCGGCCAACACGGUAGUGGAAGAUGUGAAGCAGUAUUUUGAACAGUUCGGGAAGGCACUGUACACUUCUUGCUCACUCUCCCCCCUCCUCACCCUUUUAUAAAUCCCAGGUAUUUUCUUGACUGGAAAAGUGCAAGGUGAAGGACUUUGUUUUCGCUCUUCUCCUGCAAAAGCGAGUUCAGGACCUCGCCGCGUCCCCGGGUCUGCGGCUUCAAGCGACGGCGGGGUUAUUGUGACGACAGAACGGCGGCGAACAAAUAUUCAGCAUGACUUUGCAAUCAAUGGAUGUUAGAAGGGACUCCAAAUGAUUUUCGACUUGAUUGAAUGACAUAAUUGACUUGAUUAUACAAAGUUUUAUUCCUCCUUGAGGAAUCCUCAAACGCUUAGGAGGAAACAAACAAAUCAGACUGAUUGAGCGAGAUCUCGAGCACGUUUCACAGCCCGCUCAUGCACGCUCGGAGUGUGUUAGCCGCGCUGCUGUCACCGUGCGGGAGCGUGCCGACGAUUAACCGUAUUUACGUGGGCGCGCAAUUAGGGCUAAGCGUAUGCACGGGUGAGCGGAUUUGAGUGCUGAAAGACAAUCGGAGUAGGUUUUGAGGGCUGUGACUGACGAGAUACGGAGCAGAAAUAAAAUAUAUUUAAAAAAAAAAAAAAAAAA